CCGUUACAUAUCGCAGUAGUACAUGAAAACCUGGUGAUGAUUAAAAAAUUUAUACAAUUAAUGAAGCUCGCUAGAAAAAGUGUGGAUAAAUUUAACAAACAAAAACAAACUCCCCUACAUCUAGCAGUCAAAUUAAAUCUACAAGAUGCUAUUAAGAUGUUAUUAGAAGCUGAGGGAGAUGUUAAUUAUGUAGAUCAGAAUGGAUGUACGUCAUUACAUCUGGCCGUUCAACACAGACUGCCACAUCUUAUAGAUCUAUUCUACAAACACUCUCAUGUCUCUUUAGAUAUCAACACCAGAAACUUUGAAGGGUUCACUCCCCUCCAUACGGCUGUUAGUUUAAACGAUGAUGAAAUGAUCAAUAUAUUGUUAGAUAGAGGCAUAGAUAUUGAUAUUGUGGAUGGUAAAAGUGGAAGAACAGCUUUGUUUCAUGCUGUAGAAGGAGAGAAGAAAGCAAUAGUAUGUUUAUUACUGAAGAAAGGCGCAAAUGCAGAAAUCCUCAACUAUGCAGGCAACACAGCAAUAAUGGCCGCCCAUGCCAGAAAUCUG